UCCCCACGCCUCUCGACGGUUCCUCACAUGCGCACCAAGGCACCCGUCCUGCGCCUCCCCGCGCGCCCCCACUCUCGUGACCUCGCCGACGCCGUUACGCCAGAGCGCGUUUCCCCCACGGCCCCGCGCGCUCGCGACCUCGCCGGCCUCCUGCGCCUCCCCGCGCACCCUCACUCUCGCAACCUCGCCGACGCCGUUACGCGGCUUACACCAGAGCGCGCUCCCUGUACGCCGACCCCGCGCGCUCGCGACCUCGCCGGCCCGCGCGCCAGUCAUCCCCCCUCACGCCUUCGUCUCGCCGCUGGAACCGCCACCACGACGCCGGACGCCGCGGUUCUACGCAUCGCCGCCGCCGCCGCUGCCGCCGUCGUGCGCCGGCCCCACGGGCUUGCGGGCCGCUCUGACCUGCGACCCUACGCGUCCUGUUGUCGCGUCCCUCUCCCAUCCGCAACGCCGCCGCCAGUCUUCCUCGACGGAACAGACUUCUCGCCGCCACUUUCCCGGUCAGAUUUCGGCCGCCACGAUGCAUCCCUGCUGCAAGUAAGGGUUGGACCGUUGCUUGGCUUCUAGAUGCAAGAAACGCUUGCGUUAUGAGUAAAGCAAACACUUGCAGUUCGAUUGGUGAGUAGAACAGUAAAUAAUUUGGUGUGGGUAUGGUGCGGUUCUCAGACCGUUAGCAGGUUGACUCAUGUGUGAAAUCUUGGGGCAUGUUCCCAGCGCGUCGCCUCCCGACGAUCUGCUCCGGCUCGAGGCCCUCUCCGUCGGCUCCAAGUUCAAACAAUUGAGUUCAUCCCUGUGGCCGGUUCUGAUUGCUGAGACUGGGGCGAAACUCGUUGGUGCCAGAUCACAACGAUAUGCCUCAUAAUUUCGAGCCCAUCUUUUAUAGUUAUCUCUGUCUUGUGCUGCCUGCUAGAUCUACAAUGUCUGCAAGUAUCUUGAUCAACAGCUGGGUUUCUGUCGUAUUCUUAAAUGGAAAUUGUGCAUGCAUUUUAACCAUAGACAAAAAUGAGUUUUCCAACUUCCUGAAUUUGUUCUCAUUUCUUAGAGUUAAUCGAGGGCUGAGUAAAUGGAGUAAGGGUCUAUACAAAAGAUCAAUGAAUGACUACACAUUCGUUCCUUAAGAAUAUGAUUUGUAGAAAAGUAAGCCAUUGAUAGAAAGACCAAUAGUCAAGAAUUCUACUGGUUUAGGAUAGGUUGACAAUCAGAGCAAGAACCAGUACAAGCAUGUCACAUCUUUUUAUGCUGUCCAAAGUAUGGGAAUUUCUUGUGCCACUACCUUUUUAGUCUGACUCAUCAUGUUCAAAUUAUUUUUAGGAUUAUGAGUUCCUCACUUUGCAUUUCUGCUAAUAGCCUCAUGAAAAGAGAAUUCUAUAAAACUAAAAGAGAUGUUACUGAUGCUUCGGUGAGAGUGAAAGCAAAUUUGAAUCAAAACAUUGUUAAUGAUAAAAAACAUAUAAAUACUAUAGUAUGUAUCACUGCCAAUAGCUGGAGUAUCUGUCUAUCACUCAGUUGUGGUAUUAAAAUGGACAAUAUCUUCAUACCCCGUUUUCCCUUCAACCUUGCUGGUAAAUUUCCUAGGAACCUGUUAUGUAUCAUUUAAAAUUUUCAACAGACGCUCGGUAUUGAAACAAACCUAUAAGUCAAUCCUAUGCCAAUGCAUGGUUUCCAUACUUAAUAAGAUUUUCUUUAUCAGUCAAGAAAUCGUGGUUUGUGUCCAGCUUCCAGAACUUUCAAUAUAUCACAUAGAAAUACUCAUAUGAGAAAUACCUACAGGGAAAAAAAUCAAUAAGUUCAAUGUUGCGCAUUCCUAAAAAUUAGCUGCACUUGUCAUAGAGGGCCACAGAAAAGUAUAUGCACAGAAAGGUGCUAAAGUGUUUAUAUUUGAUUCGAAUGUAUCACCUUAAAAUUUUAUUGAUAUCUUCAUCAUCAGCAUGCCUGCACUGAGUAGAUUUCCAUGCUUUAGCUUCCUAAGUGAUAAAUGACCACUUCCAAUUUGAUUCAAGCAAUAGAAUACCCUAUAUACGAUAGUCUUCAAUGCUAUACUUUGCAGAAUUCUUUUUUUACUCCCACUCCAUUAUGUUGAUCGCGAUUUGUAUAGGUAGCGAUAAUCCUGGUGAGUGCAUGCAUCAACAGAACAUGAGUGACAUGGCUGGUUCCCCAGAUGGACUUGAUCUUGAUGAGAAUAGUGAUUGGUUGCAUACCAAUGACUCCUACGUACGGGGAACUCGACAUGAGGGUACUACAUCGACGCCGACAGGUAAACAGCGGGUGAUGUUGCAUUUAUUAGAUAUACGGUGGGUCAAUACAAAUUAUUGUUAUACAUUGCUUUCUCAAGAUCGUGCUGCCGAUCGAGAUUCCGUUGCUGUCUUGACCAAUGUGGACUCACAAGAUAUCCCAGGUUAGUGAUUUGGUUAAAAUUUACAUAUUCCUGUUAAGCAUGCACUACAUUGAGUGGCCAAAUAUAUUAUGUUCGCACUCUACUUUUCAGUGGCAUGUAUAUGAGAAAGCAAGUAGUGUAGUGCAUAAAAAGUAAAAUAUCACAGCCAAGAAAGCAAGCCCGAUCCCAGUCCAGUUGCUCAAUCGAUAACAAGAAAUAGAAGCAUCCUAUUUCUUGUACUAGCAAAUUGCAUGAUGUGAUAUGUGAUUUUUGGAGAUUAUCCUCUGGGGAUGUCUAUUGAUACAACACGUCCAGUGCUGUUGCACAAUUUCACCUAUAGAACAAUUUCAAUCCAGUCUAGAUUGCUAGGUAAUUGUUGCAAUUUAAGGAAUAAUUUAUCUACAAUUUGUAUUGCGCUGAGUAUAUUGGUUGUUCUAUUUACAAUGUAGGGGCUGAGAAUGUACCCAAUUCACCGUCAGCAAACAAUAAUAAUAAGCAACGUAAGCGGGAAAGAGAAAGAGCAAGGUAUGCUGCAAUGUCUCAGGAAGAGAAGAAUGCAAAAAAAACCUGAGGAGACGUGAAGCACAUAAAAAGAAAACGGUGUUGGAUAACAUGCUUUUUGUUUCCUUUCCUUUUUGCUUUUACCUGUUUUAGGUUUGGAGUUAUUCAAUUCAUGUUCUUGUAUGGAAGUAACAGCACAAUGGAGAUAAAAGCUCUUUUAACUUAUUGUGUGUUAUGAUAGUAAUAAAAUGGCUCAUAUGUAGGAACUGUUUACAUGUUCUGUUGCCGUGGUUGUAUCAGCAAUAAAAUGGUUUCUUUUCCUUA